AUGUUUUUAAACUUUUUAGCCACUGAAAUGAAACAGACAGAUCAAGUUAUGCAGUUGUUGAUAGCUUCUAAACGAGAAAUCGGUGUUAAAUUACACGUGACUGAUUGUCAGCCUAUCAACGAUGGUAUUUACUCGUCAAUGAAUUAUUUUAUUGCUCAAGUUCGUGAAAAAUUUGAAAAUGAAAUAUUCUGCAAUGUAAAUUUAUUACAAUUAAAAUGGUGUUUAGAAGAGGAAGAAGGAUUUAAUGGAUUCACAUUGGAACGAAUUGAACCAGAUCUAGUUAUCAUUAUUUAUCCUGAAAGUUUUGAUCGGUUCGAAGAAAUGAAAACAGUUAGCUAUCAACUUGAAAAUGGUAUACAAAAGUACUUUAACACACCAGAGACACGUAUUACAAUCGGAGUAAAUUGUUUUAAAAUUCAAGUCUAUGUAAAUGAAGAAGAUUUGCAGAACGCCAUAUCUGAAUGGAAAACAAAUAUUGCUCCAAUCAAAUAUCAACUAAACGAUUCAGAGAGAAACUUACACAUGGCACGUCAUGCAAAACUGGCUCAAAAAGAAUAUUGCAAAAUGAUUUACUUCUUGGUCUAUUUGGAACAAUUAAGUAUACAACUUGAAAAAGGUCAAAUAGAUGAUAAAAAUUUAUCUCAACUUUUAAUUAGUGGAGUAACCUGUAUACCAGAAAUAAGAAGGCUUGCUUUAUGUCUGCAAAAAUAUAUAGGUAAUCCAAUCGACGCCAAAGGGUUACGUUGUCAACUAGUGAGUAUAAUCUUACAGACGCUAAAUGAUCUACAGGAUAUUAUUAGGAAUAUUCGUAAAGAUAUAAUAACCCCAUUAUUUCAGAUUACACCAGGAUGUGAAACAUCACAACAGAUAGACAAAAAGUAUACCAUUAAAAAUAUCCUCAUGAAAUUAACCAAAGAGUUGAAUGACAAUGAAAUUGGUACUGUACCGCCUAUAAGCUGUCUUGAAGCACCAUUCAGCUUACAACAUAGUAUACGAGAAGAACACUUUCAGAAAUAUGGUUGGAUGUUAGGAUUGAUAACAUCUAUAUUAAAUAUCCUCAUGAAAAUUGACUUUGACAUUGAUGAAUAUUUCCAAUUGGGAUGUAUGACUCAUAUUGUGAGCCAAGAAGAUUUACAACUUUCGAUGUAA